GCUGUCUUUCAGGUGCCAUGUUUCAGAACAGUGGAAGACAACUGAGAAAGAAGAGCUGAAGAAAGUAACACAGACCAGAUACAGGCUAAUUGGGGGAAAAAAAAUUAACCUGUCUCUGAGGUGACUAAAGGGGAAUAAUGGUGAUUUUGCGCCGGGCUCGGCCGCCUGCUUCCGCCCCAACCAGCAAUGAAUCUUGACUCGCUCUCGCUGGCCUUGUCUCAAAUCAGCUACCUGGUGGACAAUUUAACUAAGAAAAACUACCGAGCCAGCCAGCAGGAAAUACAGCAUAUUGUGAAUAGGCACGGUCCCGAGGCAGACAGGCAUUUACUACGCUGUCUAUUCUCGCACGUGGAUUUCAGUGGCGAUGGUAAAAGCAGUGGCAAAGAUUUUCAUCAGACUCAAUUUCUGAUCCAGGAGUGUGCGUCGCUGAUUACAAAACCAAACUUUAUCUCGACGCUGUCCUACGCCAUUGACAAUCCGUUGCACUAUCAGAAGAGUCUAAAGCCUUCACCCCAUUUAUUUGCCCAAUUGAGUAAAGUCAUCAAAUUAAGUAAAGUUCAAGAGGUGAUUUUUGGUCUCGCUUUACUGAACUCUUUCAGCUCAGAUCUACGAGGUUUUGCUGCACAGUUUAUCAAACAGAAACUCCCGGAUCUUUUGCGCUCUUACAUUGACGCGGACGUCAGUGGAAAUCAAGAAGGUGGCUUCCAAGAUAUUGCAAUAGAGGUCCUGCACCUUCUCCUCUCCCAUCUCCUUUUUGGGCAGAAGGGAGCCUUUGGGGUAGGACAGGAACAGAUUGACGCUUUCCUCAAAACAUUACGUAGAGAUUUUCCCCAGGAACGUUGCCCUGUGGUGCUUGCACCACUUCUAUACCCUGAAAAACGGGACAUUCUAAUGGACAGGAUCCUGCCUGAUUCUGGAGGGAUAGCCAAAACCAUGAUGGAGAGUUCUCUGGCAGAUUUCAUGCAAGAAGUUGGCUAUGGUUUUUGUACAAGUGUUGAAGAAUGUCGCAACAUAAUCAUGCAGUUCGGUGUGCGGGAAGUCACGGCUGCCCAGGUUGCCAGGGUUUUGGGGAUGAUGGCCCGAACUCAUUCGGGGUUGACGGAUGGUAUUCCAUUACAAUCUAUUUCAGCUCCUGGCAGUGGGAUUUGGAGUGAUGGGAAAGAUAAAAGUGAUGGAGCACAAGCCCAUACCUGGAAUGUGGAGGUCUUAAUUGAUGUUCUGAAAGAGCUGAAUCCUAGCCUGGACUUCAAAGUAGUAACCUACGAAUUGGACCAUCCGGGGUUUCAGAUUCGUGACAGCAAAGGCCUGCAUAUUGUAGUGUUUGGCAUUCAGAGAGGGCUGGGCAUGGAAGUUUUUCCAGUUAAUGCCAUAUAUAGACCUUGGAAGCAUGCAGAGGGCCAGCUCUCCUUCAUUCAACAUUCCCUCAUAAACCCUGACAUCUUCUGUUUUGCUGACUACCCUUGUCAUACUGUUGCCACAGACAUCCUGAAAGCACCACCAGAGGAUGACAAUCGAGAAAUUGCUACAUGGAAGAGCCUGGAUUUGAUUGAAUCUCUGUUACGUUUGGCGGAAGUGGGACAGUAUGAGCAGGUUAAGCAGCUCUUCAGUUUUCCUAUCAAGCAUUGCCCAGAUAUGUUAGUAUUGGCCUUAUUGCAGAUCAACACGUCCUGGCAUACCUUGCGCCAUGAACUCAUCUCCACGCUCAUGCCAAUUUUCCUUGGCAACCAUCCCAACUCUGCCAUCAUUUUGCACUAUGCAUGGCAUGGACAGGGUCAGUCUCCUUCGAUUCGUCAGCUUAUCAUGCAUGCAAUGGCAGAAUGGUACAUGAGAGGGGAGCAGUAUGACCAGGCAAAAUUGUCACGUAUUCUUGAUGUGGCGCAAGACUUGAAGGCCUUGUCAAUGCUGCUAAAUGGUACUCCAUUUGCCUUUGUUAUUGACCUUGCUGCACUUGCCUCUCGACGGGAAUACCUCAAACUUGACAAAUGGCUCACAGAUAAAAUUCGGGAGCAUGGGGAGCCCUUCAUCCAGGCCUGUAUGACUUUCUUAAAGAGAAGAUGUCCAUCUAUCCUGGGUGGCCUUGCUCCAGAAAAAGAUCAGCCCAAAAGUGCUCAACUUCCUCCAGAAACCUUGGCGACUAUGUUGGCAUGUCUGCAAGCUUGUGCUGGGAGUGUUUCUCAGGAGCUAUCGGAGACAAUCCUCACCAUGGUAGCUAACUGCAGUAAUGUCAUGAACAAGGCUAGACAGCCACCACCUGGAGUCAUGCCGAAGGGACGCCCGCCCAGUGCUAGCAGCUUGGAUGCCAUCUCUCCUGUACAGAUCGACUCGCUUGCAGGAAUGGCAUCUCUUAGUUUAGGUGGCUCAGCUGCACCUCAUACCCAGAGCAUGCAAGGCUUCCCUCCAAAUUUGGGUUCUGCAUUCAGUACUCCUCAGUCACCAGCAAAAGCAUUCCCCCCUCUUUCUACCCAAAACCAGACAACAGGUUUCAGUGGCAUCGGAGGACUCUCUUCACAGCUUCCAGUAGGUGGUCUUACUACGGGUAGCCUGACUGGCAUAGGAACUGGAGCUCUGGGCCUUCCUGCGGUGAACAAUGACCCAUUCGUGCAAAGGAAGCUGAGCACAUCUGGACUGAACCAGCCUACAUUCCAGCAGAGUAAGAUGAAACCUUCUGACUUAUCUCAGGUGUGGCCAGAGGCUAAUCAGCACUUUAGUAAAGAAAUAGAUGAUGAGGCAAACAGCUACUUCCAACGUAUUUACAACCAUCCACCACACCCGACCAUGUCUGUAGAUGAGGUCUUGGAAAUGCUGCAGAGGUUUAAGGACUCCAACAUUAAACGGGAACGAGAAGUGUUUAACUGUAUGCUGAGGAACUUGUUUGAGGAAUACCGUUUCUUUCCCCAGUACCCAGAUAAAGAGCUGCACAUAACAGCCUGCCUCUUUGGUGGGAUAAUAGAGAAAGGACUGGUUACUUACAUGGCAUUGGGCCUGGCCCUGCGCUAUGUUCUUGAAGCCUUACGAAAGCCUUUUGCGUCCAAAAUGUACUAUUUUGGUAUUGCUGCACUAGAUAGAUUUAAAAAUAGAUUGAAGGACUAUCCCCAGUAUUGUCAGCACUUGGCUUCUAUUAGUCACUUUAUACAGUUCCCGCAUCAUUUACAGGAGUACAUAGAAUAUGGACAGCAAUCCAGAGAUCCUCCUGUGAAGAUGCAGGGUUCAAUCACCACCCCUGGAAGUAUUGCACUUGCCCAGGCUCAGGCCCAGGCCCAAGUUCCAGCAAAAGCUCCUCUUGCUGGCCAAGUCAGCACUAUAGUAACCACCUCAACCACCACCACUGUUGCAAAAACCAUUACAAUCACACGACCAACUGGAGUCAGCUUCAAGAAAGAUGUGCCGCCUUCCAUUAAUACUACCAACAUUGAUACGCUGUUAGUAGCAACAGAUCAAACUGAGAGAAUUGUGGAACCUCCAGAGAAUGUCCAGGAAAAAAUUGCUUUCAUCUUCAAUAAUCUGUCUCAGUCAAAUAUGACACAGAAGGUUGAAGAGUUGAAGGAAACAGUGAAAGAAGAGUUCAUGCCUUGGGUAUCACAGUAUCUUGUGAUGAAGAGAGUCAGUAUUGAGCCUAAUUUUCACAGCUUAUAUUCAAACUUCCUUGACACACUUAAGAAUCCAGAAUUUAAUAAAAUGGUUCUGAAUGAAACCUACAGAAAUAUCAAGGUGCUACUGACAUCAGAUAAAGCUGCAGCCAACUUCUCAGACCGUUCCUUGUUAAAGAACCUUGGUCACUGGCUGGGAAUGAUUACGCUGGCUAAAAAUAAGCCCAUCUUGCACACGGAUUUGGAUGUGAAAUCACUACUACUGGAAGCAUAUGUUAAGGGAUCCAGUGUCAGGAGUGUGGUCUUCAGGCCUCCAAACCCAUGGACAAUGGCCAUAAUGAAUGUUUUAGCUGAGCUACAUCAAGAACAUGAUCUAAAAUUGAAUCUGAAGUUUGAGAUUGAGGUGCUCUGCAAGAAUCUUGCACUAGACAUCAAUGAGCUGAAACCUGGAAGUCUCCUGAAAGAUAAGGAUCGGCUGAAAAAUCUGGAUGAGCAGCUGUCCGCUCCAAAGAAGGAUGUGAAGCAGCCAGAAGAGCUACCACCCAUCACAACAACUACUGCUUCUACAACUCCAGCUACCAGCACCACUUGUACAGCAACAGUUCCUCCGCAGCCGCAGUACAGUUAUCAUGACAUCAACGUCUAUUCUUUAGGAGGGUUGGCUCCACAUAUUACCUUAAAUCCAACGAUUCCACUGUUUCAAGCCCACCCGCAGUUAAAGCAGUGUGUACGACAGGCGAUAGAGCGAGCAGUGCAAGAACUUGUCCACCCGGUGGUCGAUCGGUCCAUUAAGAUUGCCAUGACUACAUGUGAGCAGAUAGUCAGGAAGGACUUUGCACUGGAUUCAGAGGAGUCACGAAUGCGUGUGGCCGCACACCACAUGAUGCGGAACCUGACUGCUGGGAUGGCCAUGAUUACCUGCAGGGAACCUUUGCUGAUGAGCAUAGCCACCAACUUGAAAAAUAGUUUUGCUACUGCACUGAGGGCAGCCUCCCCACAACAGAGGGACAUGAUGGAGCAGGCAGCUGCCCAGUUAGCCCAGGAUAACUGUGAGCUAGCAUGCUGCUUUAUCCAGAAGACAGCUGUGGAAAAGGCAGGCCCUGAGAUGGACAAGAGGCUUGCAACUGAAUUUGAGCUCAGAAAACAUGCUAGACAAGAGGGUCGUCGGUACUGUGAUCCUGUUGUGUUAACUUACCAGGCUGAGCGGAUGCCAGAACAGAUCCGGUUGAAGGUUGGAGGUGUGGACCCAAAACAGCUGGCUGUUUAUGAAGAGUUUGCACGCAAUGUCCCUGGCUUUUUGCCUACCAAUGACUUAACUCAGCCUACAGGAUUCUUGGCUCAGCCUAUGAAGCAAGCUUGGGCUACAGAUGAUGUAGCACAGAUCUAUGACAAAUGUAUGGCAGAACUGGAGCAGCACCUGCAGUCCAUUCCACACACCCUGGCCAUGAAUCCUCAAGCUCAAGCGUUGCGCAGCCUCUUGGAGGCUGUGGUAGUGGCCCGUAACUCCCGUGAUGCUAUUGCUGCACUUGGACUGCUGCAGAAGGCUGUAGAGGGCUUACUGGAUGCCACCAGUGGGGCAGAUGCUGACCUCCUCCUUCGCUAUCGUGAGUGUCAUCUGCUUGUGUUGAAGGCUCUGCAGGAUGGCCGUGCAUAUGGAUCUCCAUGGUGUAAUAAACAAAUUACUAGGUGCCUGAUUGAAUGCAGGGAUGAGUACAAAUACAACGUGGAAGCUGUGGAGCUGCUAAUCCGCAGUCACCUUGUUAACAUGCAGCAGUAUGACCUUCACUUGGCUCAGUCAAUGGAGAAUGGCUUGAACUACAUGGCUGUGGCAUUUGCCAUGCAGUUGGUAAAGAUCCUGUUGGUGGAUGAGCGAAGUGUCGCCCACGUAACAGAGGCAGAUCUGUUUCACACAAUUGAGACACUCAUGAGGAUUAAUGCUCAUUCCAGAGGAAAUGCCCCAGAAGGAUUACCCCAGCUGAUGGAAGUGGUCCGAUCAAACUAUGAAGCAAUGAUUGACCGUGCUCAUGGAGGUCCCAAUUUUAUGAUGCAUUCAGGAAUUUCCCAAGCCUCUGAGUAUGAUGAUCCGCCAGGUCUGAGGGAGAAGGCAGAAUACCUGCUGAGGGAGUGGGUGAACCUCUACCAUUCAGCUGCAGCGGGCCGUGACAGUACCAAAGCAUUCUCUGCGUUUGUUGGACAGAUGCACCAGCAAGGAAUCCUGAAAACAGAUGACCUGAUCACCCGCUUUUUCCGUCUUUGCACUGAAAUGUGUGUGGAAAUCAGCUAUCGUGCUCAGGCUGAGCAACAGCAUAAUCCUGCUGCCAACCCCACUAUGAUUCGAGCCAAGUGCUAUCACAAUCUGGAUGCCUUUGUGCGACUUAUAGCGCUGCUAGUGAAGCACUCUGGGGAGGCCACCAACACCGUUACAAAGAUAAACCUCCUGAAUAAGGUUCUCGGUAUUGUGGUGGGAGUUCUUCUGCAAGACCAUGAUGUUCGGCAGAGUGAGUUUCAGCAGCUUCCUUACCAUCGCAUUUUCAUCAUGUUGCUCUUGGAAUUAAAUGCUCCUGAGCAUGUGCUGGAGACCAUCAACUUCCAGACGCUCACAGCUUUCUGUAACACAUUUCACAUCCUGAGGCCUACAAAAGCUCCAGGUUUUGUUUAUGCCUGGCUGGAACUGAUCUCCCAUCGGAUAUUUAUUGCAAGAAUGCUGGCACAUACACCACAGCAGAAGGGUUGGCCUAUGUAUGCCCAGUUAUUGAUUGAUCUUUUCAAGUACUUGGCUCCUUUCCUUAGAAAUGUGGAACUCACCAAACCUAUGCAAAUUCUUUACAAGGGCACUCUGCGUGUAUUGCUGGUCUUGUUGCAUGAUUUCCCGGAAUUUCUUUGUGACUACCACUAUGGGUUCUGUGAUGUGAUCCCACCUAACUGUAUUCAGCUAAGGAAUCUGAUCUUGAGUGCCUUCCCACGGAACAUGAGGCUUCCAGACCCUUUCACCCCCAAUCUAAAGGUGGACAUGUUAAGUGAGAUUAAUAUUGCUCCACGAAUACUCACGAAUUUCACUGGAGUGAUGCCACCUCAGUUCAAGAAAGACUUGGAUUCGUAUCUCAAAACUCGUUCUCCGGUCACUUUUUUGUCUGACUUGCGCAGCAACCUACAAGUAUCAAAUGAACCUGGCAACCGCUACAACAUCCAGCUGAUUAAUGCACUGGUGCUCUACGUAGGUACUCAAGCUAUUGCGCACAUUCACAACAAAGGCAGCACACCCUCUAUGAGCACCAUUACCCACUCGGCUCACAUGGACAUCUUCCAGAAUUUGGCAGUAGACCUAGACACUGAAGGCCGGUACCUUUUCUUGAAUGCAAUUGCCAAUCAGCUGCGAUACCCCAACAGUCACACCCACUACUUCAGUUGCACCAUGCUGUACCUGUUUGCAGAGGCCAACACUGAGGCUAUCCAGGAGCAGAUCACUAGGGUUCUCUUGGAAAGACUGAUUGUGAAUAGGCCUCAUCCCUGGGGUCUCCUUAUUACUUUCAUUGAGCUGAUAAAAAAUCCAGCAUUUAAGUUUUGGAACCAUGAGUUUGUUCACUGUGCUCCAGAAAUUGAGAAGUUGUUCCAGUCAGUUGCACAGUGCUGCAUGGGGCAGAAGCAGGCCCAGCAAGUAAUGGAAGGGACUGGUGCCAGUUAGAUGAGCUGCAUCUUGCGUAGUAAGUGUGCCAGCCUGGAGGUCCCCGACCCAUCAACAGACAGAAGACUCUGUAAGGCUCCUCCUGACCUUCCCAGCCCCCUUGAUUGGGUAGACGCCACAGACCCUGGGUGAAAGUCUAUGUGGGCACGUUCCAAAGUUUGAAACAAAUUGUUGACUUUUGGCCAAAAUUCAGAAGAUGCUGUGAAUAUCAUUUUGAACUAGUGUAAAUACAAAGAACAGAAACGUUUGUCUGGACUUUUGGGUUUGUGCAACUUGUGUAAAAGGCAAGUGGGUAACUGGUGCCUGUCCAGCUUGUAAUAAAGGGGCAGUUGCUGAUGCCAAGCAUUUGUCUGGGGCAGACCUCCUUGUCCUGACAUUCCCAGACUCCCAAAGAAUAUUGAAAAGCCAGUUAUAAUAUUAUGUAACUUAUUUUUCUUUAUGUGGAUGGGGGACCUUUAAAUCACUAAGUUGUUUUACACAAAAAGGUGGAUGUGUUUGGAAUAUGGGAAUAUUAUGGAGUGUGGGAGGGGUGAGGGAGGGGUUAAGGCUGAGUGUUGCUUUCCCCCCACCCUCAUCAAGUGCUGACAGACAGCAAGUGGAGUGGCGGUCAGAGAAUGCCUCCUUUCCGUUUGAGAAGACACACCUCAGGCCCUUGGGGAGAGGGUCAGCUGUUUUUAGUAAAGAAACCAGAGACCAGGCCUAUAGCUUUUUUUUUGACACUUGUAAAUUUUGGAAGGUGGGGGGUUAAAUCUAGACCUUUUCCCACCCUACCCCUGUGACCACACAGUAUAAGUUUGUAAAAAAAAAAAAAACCAACAAAA